AUGAGGCAGUGCUACCUUUAUGGGGAAUGGAUUUCAAUUCAACAAUGCGAAUGCGGACAAGAAAUGGGUUUGAAGACAUCAUGGACAAAUGAGAAUUCAGGGCGGAGAUAUUGGGAAUGUUCAAGAUGUAAGGCUCAUUCACGUGGGUUUGUGAGGUGGUAUGAUCCCUCGAUGUGCCCUAGGUCAAAGAGGAUAAUACCCGGGUUAUUGAAGAGACUUAACAAAAAUGAAGAAGAAUAUGCAAUGUUAAAGGCCAAGUUGAGAAGUGGUUGUUAUUGUAAUGUUCUGGAAGAAGUGAAGGAUAAGCAUUGGAGUAGAAAUGUACAUCUAUGA